AUGGAAUUUGGAGGGCCGUUGCGACUUCACUUCCGAAUUCGUCAAUCUUCGUCAACCGACAACCUCGCUAUUCUAGGGAUCAACAUUGCCUCACUUCGCCACGAAGGCGCCGUUGGCGACAUAGUCUGCUUGAUCCUGACUGGUCUUAUACGCCUGGAGUAUGGAACUCUGCCAUAUCAGCUAUCAAGUUCAUCACUGAUGGCUCGACAUUAUCUCCCGAUCCUUGGGAAGGUCAACAUCGAUAUCCACCCAGAUUUCGAGCGACCUAUGCUCUUUGCCGAACAGAUGGCUGAGGUGUUUGUUGCUGGUUAG